GUUGGUGAACACGUACCUUCCUCUCGAUUAAUUUUGUAAUUUUGAUGUGCGUAAUGGAGAAGCAAUACUUACACGAAUAUACCCCAGGGCCCCGAUCUCCCCACAUUAAUGGUAUUUUGCCCAUGUCAGCCACAUCUCCUGGCAAUUUAUUUCUUCAACACUUUCACUCUCAAUUGUCAAGCGUUGGUUUGGAUGACCUUCCCACUUCCGAACUUCCGACUAACAAUUAUAACCCAAAUCAUGGCAGUAGUGACGAUGAUUUAAAUACUAACGUCCCAUUCCAUGAAUAUUGUACAAAACAGGCGAGACGGAUAUGUCCAGUUACAAAGUGGCUGCCCAAUUAUAACGCGAGGAAAUGUUUGCAUGAUUCAAUGGCCGGGUUUCUCGUUGGUUUGACCUUAAUUCCACAAUGUUUGGCGUUAGGAUUAAUGGCAGGAUUACCACCUCGAUAUGGAUUAUUCUCAAGUUUUAUGGGAUGCUUUGUCUACGUGUUUCUCGGAAGUACAAACUACAUAACCAUUGGACCAACUGCGAUAAUGUCGAUUAUGACGUGGACUUAUGGGCAAGACAAACCUCCAGAGUAUGCCGUUCUACUUGCUUUUCUUACCGGGGUUAUAACUCUGAGUAUGGGUAUCAUGCAACUCGGAUUCAUUGUAAACUUCAUAUCUAUCCCGGUCGCAAGUGGAUUUACGUCGGCAGCUGCACUUACAAUUUGUUACACCCAGACGAAGGCCCUCCUUGGGAUUGACUUUACUGGAAUCAGCCUCAUUGAGGUUGCGACAGGGUCGGUGAAACAUAUUCGAGAGAUUGGAGAGUGGGAUGUCAUUGUAGGCUCGAUCUGUCUCGUUGUACUACUUGUUUUGAGGAAACUUGAACGGAUAUUUAGCUGCCUUGUGAAACGAGGGAGGCCAUGGAAUAAAAUUAUCUGGCUGAUCUCAGUUUCAAAGGGGAUAAUUGUCACAACCGUCUGUACCAUCAUAUUUUCCGCCAUAGGAAGUGAAGAAAUUGUCGGAAUUCUAGGUUUCAUCGUACCCGGAAUUCCUUCCCCAACUUUACCGCCAUUUAGCUUUGAAAUCAAUUCAACAGCAAUUGGCGACUCUUCCAAACCAGGACAAAUAAUUACUUAUACAGUUUGGAAAUUAAUUAGAGAAGAUGGCUCAGCCCUUCUCGUUCUUCCAUUCUUGGCACUAAUGCAACACUCUUUGAAUGCAAAGCAAUUUGCUGGAUCCAAGAGUAUUGAUUCGACUCAGGAAUUAAUAGCCAUUGGCGUGUCCAACAUUUUCGCCAGUUUUUUUUCCUCAAUGCCAAUCACUGGGGGAUUCCCAUGUACCGGGGUAAACGCCGCUAGUGGAGUCGAGACACCGAUGGGGGGAAUUGUUACGGGAAUCCUCAUGCUUUUGUCACUUCAGUUUCUCACCCCAUAUUUUUACUACAUCCCCAAACCAGCCAUUGGUGCCAUGAAUAUUAUUUCUGCCAUUUUUACAAUUGAUUUUAUGAUGCCGAGAAGACUUUGGAGAUGCAAAAAAAUGGAUCUGAUUCCGUGGCUAGCGACUUUUUCCGUUAGUCUGUUUGCCGGGCUACAAUACGGGGUAUUGCUAGGAUUUCUGAUAUCAGUAUUGUUCCUAUUGUAUUGGGCGGCAUCUCCAAAAAUUAGAGUUAAUCGAUGCAAAUUCUCGCAAAACGGAGCGAGAUUCAUUCUCGUUGAUCUUGACCGUUCCUUAACCUUCCCAUCUACCGAGUAUAUGCGUACUGUAUUAAUGAAAUGCGGAGAUAAAUGGGCUUCCGGAAGGCUGCCGGUUGUCAUUGAUUGCUUCCACAUGCAUUUCGCCGACUACACGGCAGCUCAAGGGAUCCUUGAAUUAUACAAAGUUUUCAACGCUAGGGCUCAGCCGCUUAUUCUUUUUAGGUUAAAACCUUCCGUGAAACGAAUUGUAACUGAAUUAAUGGUUAUGGAUGACAUUUCACAUAUUUCCUGUCAAACUCAGUUGAAACUCGAAAAAGUCUUGAAAACUUUAUGUGUACCGAGUCAAAGAGGAAUUAGUAUCAAAGGACGGGACCAAGUUUUACAGGUGACGAGUACUGAGGAACAAGAUUUAUCAAUAGACUGUGAAUCGCCAUCCAUAAUUUAUCCUGGUAAUACUACAAGGCAGCAUAUUGCCAGGAUGAGUUUUACUUUGGGGGAUAGCGUUGUCCGCAUAUCUGAGGAAUUGCAGCAUAACAAUGACCGCAACGGGAAGUCUGUUUGACAUAGAUAUUUAUAAAUAUUUCAUAAUGUGUUUCAUCAGUUUUUACUGGAUCCCUCGUUUUUUUCGCCGUAGGGAGAUGCAAAGCUGAUAUUGUAUUUACAUAUGUAACAUAAGUUUUAAGUUUAUGUUUUUUGUAAGUUUGAAUGGAUCAAACCAUAUUUUUAAUUUAAUGUGUCUACCAUUUCAAGUACAUAUAUCAUUAUUUUUGUUGUCAUUUGCCAAUUGUGUCGUAAUUUUUAAUAAAUUUCCCAUUGGGUUUUACACUCGG